UCCCCAUUGCCCCCAAUGUCCCCGAUGUCCCCGAUGUCCCCUCAGAUGCGCAGCCGUCCCUCCCUCCUGCGCCGUCUCGUCUCCACCGACCUCUUCUACUUCCGGAGCCCGUGGCCGGAGCUGCGGGCGGCGGCGGCCAUGUUCCUGGGAUUCCUGGUGCUCCACAUGGACGAGGAGCAGGGCGAGGAGGUGGACCUGGACGAGCUCCUGUCUGCCCUGAAGCUGCUCCUGAAGGAUCCGGUUCCCGCUGUGCGGAUCAAGGUGGCCGAGACCCUGGGACGCCUCGUCCGGCUCCUCUGAAUCCCGGAAUUCCCAGAAUUCCUGGAAUUCCCAGACCCUGGGACGCCUCAUCUGCCUCUUCUGAAUCCCAGAAUUCCCAGAAUUCCAAAGAUUCCUGGAAUUCCCAGACCCUGGGACACCUCAUCUGCCUCCUCUGAAUCCCAGAAUUCCCAAAAUUCCUGGAAUUCCCAGACCCUGGGAUGCCUUGUCUGCCUCCUCUGAAUCCCAGAAUUCCUGGAAUUCCCAGAAUUCCCAGACCCUGGAACACCUCAUCCGCCUUCUCUGAAUCCCAGAAUUCCUGGAAUUCCCAAAAUUCCCAGACCCUGGAACACCUCAUCCGCCUCCUCUGAAUCCCGGAAUUCCCGGAAUUCCCGGCUCAGCUCAGCAAUACCCCGGGGGAUCCCAAUCCAUGGGCAAAGUCUUCCUGCUCCUCCUUCCUCGGGAACACACGGGGGCAAUAAAAAAUCCUGGGAAAAACGUCCGGAAUUGGGGAAGAGCUCCGGAGAGAUCCCGACGGAUCCGGGAUCCGUUCCCACUGCGCCGCUUCCCGAUGGAAAACGGGAUCCGUUCCCGAAAUUCCCAGCCGGAACCUCCCCCCCCCUGUACAGAGAGCUAUUUUUAAAUAAAGCUUUUGGCUCCUGA